GGAGGAGGAGGAGGAGGGACGAGGCGCAGGAAGCGGAGCAGGAAGCGCGCCCGAGGCCGGGCUUUCCUAGGAAGCAGCAGGCGGCGUGGCGCAGCCAGCGGGGCCGGGAGCGGCCACCUCGAUGGGGUGUUGAAAAGUCUCCUAGGACCUUGGAAGGUUAAAUGGACUAAACAUGAAGAGCUUGAAAGCGAAGUUCAGGAAGAGUGAUACCAAUGAGUGGAACAAGAAUGACGACCGCCUGCUGCAGGCCGUGGAGAAUGGCGACGUGGAGAAGGUGGCCUCGCUGCUGGGCAAGAAGGGGGCCAGUGCCACCAAGCACGACAGCGAGGGCAAGACCGCUUUUCAUCUUGCUGCUGCGAAGGGACACGCAGAAUGCCUCCGGGUCAUGUUUACACAUGGUGUGGAUGUGACAGCCCAAGACACUACUGGACACAGUGCUUUACACCUCGCUGCCAAGAACGGCCACCAUGAGUGCGUCAGGAGGCUCGUUCAGUCUAAAUGCCCAACUGAAGGAAUCGACAGUUCGGGGAAAACCGCUUUACAUUAUGCAGCGGCACAGGGCUGCCUUCAAGCUGUGCAGGUCCUCUGUGAACACAAAAGCCCUGUAAACCUCAAGGAUUUGGAUGGGAAUAUACCACUGCUUCUUGCAGUACAGAAUGGCCAUAGUGAAGUCUGUUGCUUUCUCCUGGAUCAUGGAGCAGAUGUCAAUUCCAGGGACAAAAAUGGAAGAACUGCUCUUAUGCUGGCUUGUGAGAUUGGCAACGCUAACAUCGUGGAAGCCUUAAUUAAAAAGGGUGCAGACCUAAACCUUGUAGAUUCUCUUGGACACAAUGCCUUACAUUAUUCCAAACUCUCAGAAAAUGCAGGAAUUCAAAGCCUUCUCUUAUCAAAAAUCUCUCAGGAUGCUGAUGUAAAGACCCCAACAAAACCAAAGCAGCAUGAACAAGUCUCUAAAAUAAGCUCAGAAAGAAGUGGAACUCCAAAAAAACGCAAAGCUCCACCACCUCCUAUCAGUCCUACCCAGGCUGACAUUAGUUCUAUACGAGAAAACAAAGACAGACUAAGUGACAGUACUACAGGUGGUGAUAGCCUAUUGGAUAUAAGUUCUGAAGCUGACCAACAAGAUCUUCUUGUCCUACUGCAAGCACGAGUUGCUUCUCUUACCUUACACAACAAAGAGCUACAAGAUAAACUACAGGCCAAAUCACCCAAGGAGACAGAAGGUGAUCUAGGCAUUGGCUCGUUCCGUUCUGUUCAUUCUGAUUUGGCUCCUUCCCUGGGCAAGCCUAGUGAUGCUGAUUCUCCAGAUCCCCAAUCAUCUCCACCUGGUGCAACGCUUUCUUCGGGGAAAUCCACUGCAGACAGCAGAAUUCAGCAACUACAGGAGAGUUUGCAAGACUUGCAGAAGAGAUUGGAGAGCUCUGAGACAGAGAGAAAACAGCUACAGACCGAGCUCCAAACCCGAAGGACAGAACUAGUGUGCUUGAAUAGCACAGAGAUUUCAGAGAACAGCUCUGACCUCAGUCAGAAACUUAAAGAAACUCAGAGCAAGUAUGAGGAGGCCAUGAAAGAAGUCCUCAGUGUGCAGAACCAGAUGAAACUGGGUCUCCUGGCACAGGAGGGUGUGGAUAGCUAUUCGUGUCUCCAUGAGCUGAGGGUCACUGAUGAGAAAAUAGAUGAAUUAAAGCGAGAUCUGCAGAAUGCAUUAGAAGAAAGUGAAAGAAAUAAAGAGAAAGUGAGGGAGCUGGAAGAAAAACUUGUGGAGCGAGAGAAAGGCGCAGUGAUUAAACCACCUGCGGAAGAGUUUGAGGAAAUGAAAAGUUCAUAUUGCUCUGUUAUUGAAAACAUGAAUAAGGAGAAAGUGUUUUUGUUUGAGAAAUACCAAGAGGCCCAAGAAGAAAUAAUGAAAUUGAAAGAUACACUAAAAAAUCAGACAACACAAGAAGUUAGUGAUGAAACUGGGGACAUGAAAGAGGCCAUGAACAGGAUGAUAGAUGAACUUAACAAACAGGUGAAUGAGCUGUCGCAGCUGUACAAAGAGGCCCAGGCUGAGCUCGAUGAUUAUAGGAAGAGGAAAUCUUUAGAAGAUGUGACAGCUGAAUAUAUUCACAAAGCAGAGCAUGAGAAACUUAUGCAAGUGUCAAAUGUAUCCAGGGCUAAAGCAGAAGAGGCACUGUCCGAAAUGAAGUCUCAGUAUUCAAAAGUGUUGAAUGAGUUGACCCAGCUCAAGCAAUUGGUAGAUACACAGAAAGAGAAUUUUGUGUCUAUCACGGAACAUUUGCAAGUGAUAACCACUCUGCGGACAACUUCGAAAGAGAUGGAAGAGACAAUAGGCAGCCUUAGGGAGCGUCUUGCAAGCAAGGAAGUGGAAUUGGCAAAACUGGAGAAGCAGCUCUUAGAGGAGAAAGCUGCUGUGACCGAUGCCAUGGUACCCAGGUCUUCCUAUGAGAAGCUCCAGUCAUCUUUAGAGAGUGAAGUGAGUGUACUCACAUUGAAGCUAAAGGAUUCAGUGAAAGAGAAAGAAAAAGUCUAUUCAGAGUGUGCCCACGUUCGAAAUGAAGUCUCACAGGUGAAAAGGGAAAAGGAAAACAUUCAGACUCUCUUGAAAUCCAAAGAGGAAGAAGUAAAUGAACUUCUGCAAAAAUUCCAGCAAGCUCAGGAAGAAAUUGCAGAAAUGAAAAGAUAUUCUGAGAGCUCUUCAAAAAUGGAGGAGGAUAAAGAUAAAAAGAUCAAUGAGAUGUCAAAGGAAGUCACGAAGUUGAAGGAGGCCCUGAACAGCCUCUCUCAGCUCUCCUACUCAACAAGCUCAUCCAAAAGACAGAGUCAGCAGCUGGAAGUGCUUCAGCAGCAGGUCAAACAGCUCCAGAACCAGCUGGCUGAAUGCAAGAAACAGCACCAGGAAGUCGUAUCAGUUUACAGAAUGCAUCUUCUGUAUGCUGUACAGGGCCAGAUGGAUGAAGAUGUCCAGAAAGUACUGAAACAAAUCCUUACCAUGUGUAAAAACCAGUCCCAGAAAAAGUAAAGUGGAUCCGUGGCAAGACUCUGCCCCUCAUUCAUCUUUGUGUUAGAUCCGGAGUUAGUGGUGACCACUGCCGUUAUUUUCACUUGUGGUAUGCACUGUGACCAGCAUAGCCUCUUCCCUCUCCAGUGUUUCUGGGGACUAGCCCCAGAAGGCUGUCCUCCACAGAACUGCUUAGACUUCAGACCUGCAGAGGGGACAGUCCUAGGCAUCCUUGCAGAUCCCAUGGCUGGGAUUAGCCACACUAGGAGUCUGCUCCCGGUGGUGACAGGUGGCCACUCUGCUUGGUACCUGGACAGCUGCCGGCUUUAUCACCGAGUGGUCUGCAGAGGCUUACAUGCAGUGAAUGCUGCUUCCAUUCUGCCUUUACCUGUGCCAGUCAGCAUAGGAGAGCUUUUUUUUUUUUUGCCUUUGGCUUCAAGUCCCAAAACAUGAUUGAUUUCAUUUCUAACCAAAUUAGUAAGGCACUAGCUAUGGAGUGCAUGCUUAAGACCAUUCAUCACAACAGCCUGUAAACUUAAAAGCUCUAAUUAAUAGUUUCUCCCCAGCGGCCUUAUGUAUCUCAUCACCCUGUUUAUGAAUUUCAGUUUGAUGAGCACUAUUAACUAAAAUAUGAAGUUUAAAAACAAAAGCAAACUGUCCAUAAAAGUUUUUAGGUAACUCAUUACCAUAUUACAAAUUUUCUAUGCAAACUUGGCUUCUGCUAUUAUCUGUGAAUCUCAGGAAAUCCAAAUAUUUGUUUCAACAAGGGAUAGUAAACUGUAUGUUUACAGCCAAAAGAAAUGCCUCCGAGUUCGUAACCUCAAUUUUUAAAAAGUGUUUUCUCUAUAAUAUUUUUAUUGGCUCUCAAAGACAUUUUCAUAUCUAAACCCUCAAUAAGUGAAAUUGCAUUAGAUUAUAUUAACAAAAUAUUUUUAGGUAAUCAUGUGUAAGACUUUUUGAAAAUAGAACUUUCUCCUCAAAGUUUUCAGCUAUAGAAAAGGUAGUUGUGUAUUCAAAUCUUAAUAUAAGCUGCCCCUUAGACCCCUAGGACUUUUCUGCCAGUGUUCAGAACUAUAGUGCAUUUCUGAAUACAGUAAAUCCUCUUCUUGCCUGUUGAAUAUUUUCAAAUGUCCCAACUCCAAAAGCCCCUAUAAAUUAUCUCUGGAAGAACUGCAAAUACCAAGCAGCUUUUUAACUCUGAAACUAAAAAUCUUGAUAUGGUAACAUGGUGCAUAGCAAAAUACGGGAAAAUCUUGUUCCCUUUACUUUCAGGUUGAAAAUGUUUCUCUAGCUUGCAGCUCCUCUUACGGUAUUGAUCUUGAGGGAGAUAAACAGACUAUAGUACUUGUAGCAUAAAACUUAAAAGUAGAGCCUGUUCUCACAGGGCCCAGGGAUGCCUGGGCUCAGAGGGUACUUGGCUCACCUGGAUGAUAAAUUAAUCUGUAUUGGACAAGGACCAAUGACAGCAAAACAAAAAUGGCUUUAAGCUUGAUGUUGUUUCUUAAGUUGUUAAAUUAGAGCUAAGCAAUGUCAAAAAGACUCCAAAGAAAUGUGAAAGGACUUUUUGUCACAGCACUUAAGAAAAAAACAACCAUCUUCAUUGCCCCCCCCCCGAAAUGCUGCAGAGUAUAAAACUUGAGACAUUUUGUAGGACGCCUGACAAAGUGUAGCCUUUUAUCUUAUUUCAGGAUGCAUAUUUAUUACAAGUAUUCUGGUUAAAUAUUGAAAAGGUAUAUGCUGUAGUUUAGCAUUUUGUCUCUGUAAUUUACAGAAAUUCCUGCAGAAAAUAAACAUUUUUCAUUUUGCAUCUCUG